UUGUAUUGCUAUUUUAUUCACAGAAUUUUAUACGUAUAACGAUGCGGAAGCAUAAAAAUAAUCUGAAAAAAGAUGUUUAGUUGGUAAAUGACCAAUUUUCUAGUUGAGAAAAAUGUCGUGUAUGAUAUGGGGGGGCAGUGCUUUUUUCUCUGGGAUUGGGAUAAUCCUCCAAUCAAAUAUUAUAUAAAAAUAUUGAUCAGCACUGCAACACCCUGAGUUACACUAUUCGGUCAAAAUUAUUCGAAAUUGUGAAAAAUGGGAAAGGGUUUCAACAAUUACAUGUGCAAGAAAUUCUUCCAUCCCGCAUCGAGAGACAACUUGAAGCGAGUAUGGAUGGCCGAGCAACAAGCUGAGGCUUACAAAAAGAAACAGGAGGAAUUGCGUGUACAGUAUGAAAAGGAACAGGAUCUUCACAACAACAAAGCUCUUUUGAGCAAGGAAAGCAAAGAUAAAUUGAGUGUCAAUUUCAUGUAUGAACCUCCACCUGGUGCAAAGAAAGAAAGGGAAAAAGAGGAUAACGAGCCUGAGUAUAAAUUUGAGUGGCAGCGCAAGUACAAUGCACCCAGGGAAAGUUAUUGUAAGGGUGACAGUGAAAUUCGUGAUCAGCCUUUUGGUAUUCAAGUGCGUAAUGUACGUUGCAUUAAAUGCCAUAAAUGGGGUCAUAUCAAUACAGACAAGGAAUGUCCUUUAUAUAGUCAAGCCAUGAGUGUAGUAAUGGCAAACAGUGCACAACAGACACAACCAACUCCGGAUGCCCUAACGUUAGUUCAGCAAAUGAGAGACGACGGUUUGGCACUGAAAAAAUCAGCCUUAAGUGCACAGCAACACUUGAGAGUACCAGAACACGAGGACCUCAUGGUGUCGGAUGAUGAAGAGCAACCUGAAGUAACAUUCCUGAAAUCUCUUUCUAAGAAGGAAAAGAAAAAGCUACUCAAAAAACUCCAAAAACUGGAGAAAAAAAGUAAAAAAUUGAAGAAAAGGAAAACCAAGAAACGUGGCGUGAAAUCAGAAAGCAAUAGCGAAAUCAGCACUGAGUCAGACAGUUCAGAUUCAGGUGAUGAGAAGAGGAAGAAGAAGAAAUCAAAGAUAAACAAAGAACCAAGUACAUCCUCCGAGUCUGAUUUGAAUGAAAGUCGAAAGGAGCGCAAAAGGGACAAGGAUAACGGGCGCAGAAUGAAGGAAUCAGGAGUUCACAAUAGAAAGGCAGAGAGGAACGAACUGAACUGCAGAGAUAAGGAAGGUAAGGAGAAUCGAAAACACAGAAACGAUAAAGGCGAUAGACAGUACGAAAGAAAGAGAAAAUCCAGCGAAUCAGAAGAGGAACGAAGAUACAGAAGAAGAGAUGAUCAAAGAAGAAAGUACUCGCACGAUUAAUUAAUGAACUCACAAAUUCCCAAUUUACGCUGAUGAGUUUUUACUUCCCUCGAUUCUCUCUUAACUUGUAACAGUUAAGUAAUUAUGAUUGUUAUACAAACAUAAACAUAUAUAUAUAUAUAUAUAUAUAUAUAUAUAUAUAUAUAUAUAUAUUGUUGAAGCUGUACCAUCUUAUACAUAUAACUUACAUUUUCCAAAAUAAAGAAACCGUUAAAAAUAUCAA